GCCAUUCUGAGGGCUGGGUGGAGGUUUGGUUGCUCUUGAGAGACGCCGUCGCCUUUACCACGAGAAAAACAAACAAACAAACAAAAAACAAACGAACAAACAAAAAAAUACAAAAAAGCGGGGAAGAAAAAGCUUUCUUCCCCCCUUCCCGCUCCCAUCCCGGUGCCGUGGAAGAGCCGCCAUCGCAGCCUCCGUCCUUUGGACCGUCCUUGGGAAGCCGUUUCAAACUCGAAGGAAACUGCCACUUAAAAACAUAUUCUCCCUCUUCUUUCCCCCCAAAAACAAAGGCAAAAUCCCCCCUUUUUUUUUUUUAAUUCCAGCAACUUUUUUUUAUUUUUUUCCAUCAUUUAGCUCGACAAAACCACCCCUUUAGGGAAAAAAAAAACCCAACAAACCCCCCCAAAACUUCCAUCAAGCUGAAAAAAAAAAGUUGCUGCGUUUUUUUAAAGCCAUGACCAAAAACAAAGCAAUUCUUUUUUUGCUCUGAUAACACCACCAAUGCCAAAAUCCAAACCUUGAAGCGCUGUCGGCAAGAAAAUUAAUUGGAUAGGCUUUUCUGCCAUGGGCUCGGGCCCCAUCGACCCCAAGGAGCUCCUCAAGGGCUUGGACUGCUUCCUGGGCCGCGAUGGCGAGGUCAAGAGCAUGGAAGGCAUCGCCAAAAUCUUCAACUUAAUGAAGGACUCGCAGAAGAUGGUGAGUCGCUGCAUCUACUUGAAUAUCUUGCUGCAGACGCGGGCGCAGGACAUCCUGGCUAAAUUUAUCCGGAUCGGGGGUUACAAGCUGCUCAACACGUGGCUCACCAGUUCCAAAGCCUCCAACAACAUCCCCUUCCUGCAGCAGAUCCUCCUCACCCUGCAGCACCUACCCCUCACUGUUGACCACCUCAAACAGAACAACACAGCCAAGCUUGUGAAGCAGCUCAGCAAAUCCAGCGACGAUGAAGAGCUGCGCCGCCUUGCCUCCAUCCUCGUCAGCGACUGGAUGGGUGUCAUCCGCUCCCAGAGCAGCGCCCAGCCCACCGAACGGGAUAAAAAGAAGCGGAAAGAGGAAAGUAAAAGCAAAACGCCCGUCCAAGAGAAACCCCAGGAAGCUAAAACUGAGGCAAAAACUGAGGAGAUGCCAGAGAAGAAGCGGGACAAACCUAAAUCGCUGCGGACCACCGCUCCCAGCCAUGCCAAAUUCCGCUCCACUGGGCUGGAAAUGGAGACACCUUCGUUAGCACCGUGAAGAAAAAACUCUUCUUCAACUGCCGAUAAAUACAAUCUGAAACCGAUGCCCAUAAAGAGGCAAAACAUUUCGUCCCUUCCUGGAGAUGUUCCUCCUGCCGAGAAGAAAUACAAACCCCUGAACACAGCACCCAACGCCACCAAGGAGAUCAAAGUCAAGAUCAUCCCGCCCCAACCCAUGGAAGGGCUCGGCUUCCUUGACGCCCUCAACUCUGCUCCCAUCCCCGGCAUCAAGAUUAAGAAGAAGAAGAAAGUCUUGUCCCCCACAGCGGCCAAGCCCAGUCCCUUCGAGGGGAAGCCAGCUCCUGAAGCCAGCUCUGCCAAACCUUCCUCCCCGGAGCCAACUGCUGCUUCGGAGCCGAUGGAGACGGAUCGGCCCGGCACGCCGGUACCGGCCGUGGAAGUGCCGGAGCCGAUGGAGACGUGCUCGGCGGAGGUGAGCGGUGACGCCAAAGCCACCGAAAAUGCAGCGGAAGGCGGCCAGCUCACCAAAAAAGGUCGGAAAAAGAAAACGGUGAGUUGGCCAGAAGAGAGCAAACUCCGCGAGUAUUUCUACUUCGAACUGGACGAAACCGAGCGAGUCAACGUCAACAAGAUCAAGGAUUUUGGGGAAGCGGCCAAGCGGGAGAUGCUGAUGGAUCGCCAGGCCUUUGAGACCGCCCGGCGCCUCAGCCACGACACCAUGGAGGAGAAGGUGCCCUGGCUUUAUCCCAAGCUCCUGGAUCUCCCCGCUCCCCUCGUGGUGCCGGGCAGCGGCAGCCGGGAACGCUUCACUCAGGCCGAGAGAGAGAAAGGGAUCUUGCAGGAGAUCUUCCUGUCCAAGGAGAGCGUCCCAGACAGCCCUCACGAACCUGAUCCGGAAUCCUACGAACCGCUGCCGCCCAAGCUGAUCCCUCUGGAUGAGGAUUGCUCUGCCGAGGAGGUCGCCUAUCCCGAAGGAUUGGAAGCCGGCGCGGCCUCGCCCUCCCCGGACGCCGCCGGCGGUGCCGGUGCCAAGCUGCCCCCGGUGCUGGCCAACCUGAUGGGGAGCGUGGGGGCUGGUAAAAGCCCCCAGGGGCCAGCGCCCGCCGCCCCCAUCAACAUGCAGGAGAUCCUCACUUCCAUCAUGGGUGGGCCCAGCACCCACAAAGCGGAGGAAUUGAUGAAGCAACCGGAUUAUUCGGAUAAAAUCAAACAUUUGCUGGGAAAUCUGCAGGCUCAGCCGCCAGGGCCGAGUGGAGUGCCCCACGGCUUGCUGGGCCCCGGCCCCAUGGCCAACGGCUUCCCGCCCGGCCCCAAGGCCAUGCAGCACUUCCCGCCGGGGGGGCCCAUGCCGGGACCCCACGGAGGAGGUGGGGGGGGACCUGGCCUCCCCCCAGGUCCGGGGAUCCCAGGUGGCCCCCGACUUUUAGGGCCGCCCCCCCCCCAACGAGGCGGCGAUUUUUGGGAAGCGCCGGAAGGGGGGGGAAACCUCCGAGGUGGCCCUCACGGCGGCGGGCGGCGGCGGCGGCAUGCGCGGGGGGGGGCCCCUUUCACCGCCCCCGCGGCCGUAGCGGCGCCGAACCCCCGUACCGAUGCCGCGGCGGCGGUGGGUGGCGGCGGCGAGGGGGGGGGUCGCAACGGGGGCCCCCCAAAUGGCGGCGGCGGCGCAAGGGGGGGGCCCCCCGGUAGCCACGGCGAUCACGGCAGAGGCCACCCCGGCGAGCACCCCCGGGGCCACGGCGGAGGUCACGGAGGAGACAUGUCGAGCCGCGCCGUCUGUCGCCACUUCAUGCUGAAGGGCAGCUGCAGGUACGAGAACAACUGUGCCUUCUACCACCCCGGCGUCAACGGGCCGCCCCUGCCGUAGCGCCCGCCGCCGCCCUUCCUCCCACGCCGCCGCCGCCGCCUCCUCCUCCUCCUCCUCCUGCCCUUCCUCCCCUGCCCCCCUUCCUCCUCCUCUCAGACUCGCGCUGCAGCCACCAAUUUAUGGCUUCUGUGAGGCCUCCGUGAUGCCCCUGGCGCUCAAUUCCAAUCCUCCCCCCGCCCCCGUCCUUCCCCGGGCGCAAAUACCCCCCGAGGGGCGUAAAUACCCACUUAUGGGGCAGAAAGAACCCACUUACAGGGCAGAAAUACCCCCCUCAGAGUGUAAAUACCCACCUAUGGGGUGUAAAUGCCCCCUGAGGGGUGUAAAAAUCCACCUAUUGGGCAGAAUUGCUUACUUGUGGGGCAGAAAUACCCACUUAUGGGGUAUAAAUACCCACCUGUGGGGCAGAAUUGCCUGCCUGUGGGGUUUAAAUGACCAGCUACUGGGAGAAAUACCCACCUGUGGGGCAGAAAGACCCAUCUGUGGGGGAUAAAUACCCCCUCAGGGUGUAAAUACCCACCUGUGGGGCAGAAAUACCACCCCCCCAGGGCUUAAAUCCACACCUAUAGGGUGUAAGUACCCAUCUGUGGGGUGUAAAUAUCUUCUCUGGGCAUAAAUAUGGGGCAUAAUGACCCACCCAGGGGGUAAAUUCCCACCCACGGUUUGUAAAUCCCCCUCUUCAGUGGGGCCAGACCCCCCCCCCCCGCUUCCCCGAGGGGUGGGUGACACCCCCCCCAGGCACCAACAGCCCUGCCCUGGGGUAAAUGCCCACCCCAGGGCAUUAAUGCCCCCCUCCUCGGUGCAAAUGCCGUCAGGAGGGGUAAAUAAAGCAUCUCAGAAGGGUGUAACUACCCCCCAACACUAAUUUAUACCCCCCCCAGGGGUUAAAAUGCUGCUGCCAGGUUAUAAGUAACCCCCUGUGGAUGUAAAUCCCCCCCCAGGGUAUCAGUACCCCCCCUGUCAGGGUGUAAUUAACCCUGCUGGGGCCCAAUUUCCCCCCGUUUUGGGGGCCAAAACACCCCAGUGGGGCAUUAAGAGGACACCCCACCCCACCCCCCCGGGGGUAAAAGCCGAUUGGCAAGGUGAACCCCCCCCUCCCCCAUGUGUGGCGGGGGGUAAUUACACCUCCCGUGAGCAAAAAAAAUGGUCCCUGCCGGGGAGCGAUUCCCCCCCCUGAAGUGAAUGAUGGUGUGUUCCAAGGGGCACUUCCCCCCUCCGGGGUUGUAAAAUGGUCCCUGCUGGGUGUAUUGCCCCGCCCCGCCCCCCCCCCCCCCCCGCUAAAAAUGUUGGGUGCCAGGGGACAGUUAUCCCCCCUGGGGAGAAAUGGUAUGUGCUGGGGGUAAUUACCCCCCCCCCGGGGGUGUAAAAUGGUCCCUGUUGUGUGUAGUUACCCCCUCCUCGUGCAGAGAAUGGUGUGUGCUGGGGGGCGGGGAAUUACCCCCCUGCAAGUUAGAUGGUCUGUGCUGGGGCACUGACACCCCCCCCCCCCCCCCAGUGAGAAAUGGUCCCUUCCAGUGGGUAAUUACCCCCCCCCGGAGGUCAGAACCACCCCAUUGAGGGGGGGGGGUGGUGGUGUGUGUGUCUCCUCCAGGGCCACCCCUCUCCCCCAUGGGGGGUCCCCGAUUCACCCCCUCGCACUCGCACGUGCACCACGCCGCCGCCGGGGCUGCGCCGCUGGGUGGGGGAGGGGUAGUGUGUGUGUUUG